AUGGUCAUCGCAACAGACUACAACUCCCCCGGCGCAGCCGCAACCAUCACAGUCCCGGCACCCAAAAAGCUAGAGACAUCAUCCUCCUCCGCGAACCCCAUCGUCCCCAAGCCCGCCGGGCCCAACAAGCUCUUCGCCAAAGAAGGCGUCACCUACGGCGACUUCCGCGAUGACCUCGUCCGCGACGGCUACGUGGUCGUCAAGGGCGCCAUCCCCCGCGAGCGCGCAGACAAGUACGCCGACGACAUGAUGUCCUACCUCGAGAACUUCGCCGGCGGCCUCGGCUUCGACCGCAACGACCCCUCCACCGUCAAAGAAGCCAACCUGCCCAUCAUCACGGAGAAGGGCAUGUGCCUCGGCUACGGCAUCGCGCACGAGUCCUUCACCUGGGCCGUCCGCCAGGAGCCCGGGCUCGUCUCCGCCUUCGAGCGCGUCUACGACACGCCCGACCUCAUCGUCUCCUUCGACGCCGUCAACAUGGCCUUCCCCAACCGCGCCGACGUGCAGCCCAACAAGCCCUGGCCGCACCAGGACCAGGACCCGCAGAAGCCGGGCUUCCGCUGCCUGCAGGGGCUCGUCAACCUGCUGCCCAACGGCCCGCGCGACGGCGGGCUGAUUGUGUGCAAGGGCGCGCACCGCCUGUCGGAGGAGUUCCACCAGGCGUUCAAGGACGAGAAGGACAAGAUCUGGGCGUGGACGAAGGAGUGGUACGGGUUUACGGAUGCGGGGAUGAAGUGGCUUGAGGAGAGGGGGUGCGUGUGGGAGAAGAUUGAUGCGGAGCCGGGGGAUUUGCUGUUCUGGGAUAGUCGGACGCCGCACUACAAUUUGAGCCCCGAGGGGGAGCGGCCGCGGUUCUGUGUGUAG